GCCGUCGCCGCCGCCGACGACGACGACGGAUACGACGACGACGACGACGACGACGACGACGACGCCGACGACGACGACGUCGCGCGCGCGACCUACCGUGCACACGCAGCGCACGCCGCCAGUCAGAGCCGCGGUGCUUGCCGAGGACGCGGCACGGCGCAGUGAGGCGCAGCCGUCGCCGCGGCGAGGAGCCCCGGUCGGGCGGCGCGCAGCAGCCGCCGCCGCCGCAGCCGUGAAGCGCGCGCCGGGAUGACCAUGCUGCAGUCGCAGAAGCUGUACGGCGACGCGGGCGGCGUGUCCGCGGCCGCGAUGAGCAACCCCAUGGGCGGCAUGCCCCCCAGCUACAGCAGCAUCAACAGUAUGGCCGGGUGCGUGUCGAUGGGUAUGUCGAUGAAUUGCAGUCCGCAGUCGCCGUCGGCCGCGGCCUUCAACAUGUCCUCGGCGAUCGGCAUGGCCUCGAUGGGCGCGAGCGGGCCCAUGGCCGGCUACGGGGCCAGCAUGGCCGGCGCGCCCGCCUCCUGCAUGAGCGGUCUGCCGAGCUACGGGCCGUUGGGCAGCGGGCCGCAGGCGGGCGGUGCGGUGGGCGCGCGCGGCGACCCGCUCGCCCUGGCCGAGCCCGACUCGCCCAACUCGGCGCUGCAGCGCGCGCGACAGGACAAGUCCUACCGGCGCAGCUACACGCACGCCAAGCCACCCUACUCCUACAUCAGCCUCAUCACCAUGGCCAUCCAGAACGCGCAGACCAAGAUGCUGACGCUCAGCGAGAUCUACCAGUUCAUCAUGGACCUGUUCCCGUUCUAUCGGCAGAACCAGCAGCGCUGGCAGAACUCCAUCCGGCACUCGCUCAGCUUCAACGACUGCUUCGUGAAGGUGCCGCGCACGCCCGACAAGCCGGGCAAGGGCAGCUUCUGGACGCUGCACCCCGACAGCGGCAACAUGUUCGAGAACGGCUGCUACCUGCGCCGCCAGAAGCGCUUCAAGGACGAGAAGAAGGAGAUGACGCGCCAGAGCAACAAGCUGCAGCACCACCACGCGCCGGGCGCGGUGCAGGGCCACGCGAGCCCCGACGCCAAGAAGCACCAGGCGCCGCUGGCGCAGCACGCGCCGCCCGACGACAAGGAGCUGCACCACGCGCUGCUCACCUCGCCGCAGCAGCACGCGGUGGCAGCGGCCGCGGCCGCGGCGCACCAGCAGCAGCAGCAGCAGCAGCAGCAGCACCACGCGCAGCACCAGCAGCCGCAGCACCACCACCACCAGCAGCACCACCAGCAGCAGCAGCAGCAGCAGGACCUGGGCGGCCUGCUGGGCGCGGAGCUGGGCUCGGCGCACGACGAACUCGCGGCCAUGGUCGGCCGCGGCCUGCACCCGCACCUGCUGGCCGAGCCGCUGCACGCGGGCAUGCCCGGCGGCCUCAAGCAGGAGCCCUCCUACGCGCCGGCCAGCCACCCGUUCAGCAUCACCAGGCUGCUGCCGGGCGCCACGGCGGCCGCCUCGCCGGGCCAGCCGCCCGACAGCAAGCCGCCCGAGCUCAAGAUGUACGAGCUGCACCAGGGCUACGCGGCCUACUCGCCGCACCACCAGCAGCACAACGGCAUGCACGCGGCCGCGGGCGGCGCGCACCAGAUGGCCGCCGCGGCGGGCCACCACCAGGACUACUACCAGGCGCCGCUCUACCACCACCACCACCACGCGGCGGCGGCGGCGGCGGCGGCGGCGGCGGGCGGUGGCGCGCCCGCGGUCUCGGCGGCGCCCAACUUGUGACACCACGCCGCGCACCCCUACGCGCUGGCCUGAGCCGUGGCCGCGGCGGCGGCGGCCGCCGCCUCGGGCCAGGCGGGCGGCGCCGCGGCGCAGCAGCUGCGGGCCGCGCCGCCG